GCAGAAUAUUAAAUAUUGAUGAACGAACAAACCUCUGAUCUUGUUGAAGAGUUAAGGACCAAGAUUUCUCAACUAGAGAGUGAAGUAGCCACCCUUUCUGGUGAAAAUGAUAGAUUAAAUUCUGUUAUUAAGAGUAAAGAUGAGGCUAUUCAGGAAAUGGACUCCACUCAGAAAUAGCCUCCAGGAUCAAGUAAAAGCAGCAGGGGAGAAAACUUCUGAAAAUGGUAAUUUUAAACAAGAGCUUGAGAACAAAGAUCAAGAAAUGAAACUCCUACAGGAGAAACUCUCGUCGCUGGAACAUAUUGAGAGUAAAAAGAAAUCUUUAGAGAACCAGCUAAAUGCUCUAAAGGCUGAUCAUGAAAUCGAGAUUAAAACGCUUCAAGAGAAACUGACUCAGAAGGAGAGCAAGAGUUCUGAGGAGGAGUAUAACUCUGAUGAAAAUCAGCUUGUACAAGUCAAUCUCAACAUUAUUGCAUCUGAAGAUGCAGAAGAAGACCAGUUUGAUAGAGAAGAGAAACAGCAAGCUGAAAAAGAAAUUAAUCCAAGAAAAGAAAGUGGCAAAGAAGAUGAAGGAACAAAUGAAUACAAUGAAGGAAGAGCUAUACGGACUCCAAGAACAGCAUGAGCAAAAUAACUCUGAGCUUACGAAUCAGCUAGAUGAGCUAAGAUUUGAAAUUAAGGAAAAGAUGGAUCUUAUAGACGUUCUUGAGAAUAAUAAUCAAGAUCUAGAGAUGAGAGCUGAAAGAGCAGAGGAAGAAUCUAGAAACCUCAUGCAUGAACUAGAACAAACCCAAAACCAGCAAAUAGAUACACAUGAUAAGUUUGAUGGUGAUAAAGAAGACCAGAUCGCUCAGAUGCAUGAAGACAUGAAGAGACUACUGGAGUUCAAAAAUGAGCUAGAAGCCUUAAUAGAAGAGCAGAGCAAAGACAUCGAAAAUAAAUCUAAUAAAAUUGCAAAGCUCACCAGCGAACUUAAACACUACAAAGAAGAGUUUGAGAAAGGAGGUUCUUAUGUUAAGGACUUAGAGCAACAAGUGAAGGAAUAUAAGUCUAAGAGCACAACCCUUACUUCAAAGCUAAAUAGGCUUAAGCAGGGUAAAAUAACAGAACUUCAGAAAAAGAUAAGAGACUUAAAAGGAGAAGUAACUAUUCUCAAAGACAUGGUCAAGAGCAGUAAGAAUGAGGUGAGAUCAAAAGACAUCAGCAUCAAGAAAUUUAAGAAGAGGUUAACUAGUCUUGAGAAAAUCUCCCAGAUUAGAUCUAAAGUAUCAGAAAUCAAUAGUCUACACUCUGGCCAUUCUCAGAGAGAAAGAAGUAGAGAAAGAGAUGAUGAACAAUAUGGAUAUGAUGACGAAUAUGAGUAUGAGAAUGACAAUCAAAAUGAUCAGGUCAUUGUAGAGGCUGAAGAGGACUUAGAAGCUACUGGAAAUCAACAACCAUAUUAUGAAUCUCCACAGAAGCCAGUAAUGCAUUCAAAGACACCGAAUAUUAGAGCUUCGAAAAAUAUGAAUAAUUCGAAGGUCGCAGGACUGAGUAAGUAUAGUCCAGAGGCAAUAAGGGCAGAUAACUCUAUGCCUAAAAUGGAAAGUAAUCCAUUUAGCUUUAAGGUGCAAAAAGGAUAUGAAUACUACAAAGAUUCUCUUAAUAAGCCAGAUUUUAAAAACAAUAGCUAUGGAAUGAAGGGAGUUUUCACCCAGCCAUCAUCUGAUUUCGAGCUCCCUGCUAUUAAAGAGUCUCAAGGAGCAGUAAUAUUUGACAGAAAGAGGUUAGAUAUUCUUAAGAGAGAUACUGAUGACACCAAGAGCACUAGUAACAUAAGCAAUACUUACAAACAAAGCUAUAGGAUUUACUAAAGCUCGUCACCAAAUUUUUAUAUUUUCAAUAAUUAAAAUUAA